GGCAAGGCGGGACACCGGGCCCGCCCGCCCACCGCGCCAGGGGAAGGGCCGGGACUGCUUCCGGAGCGUGACCUUCGCGGGUGGGUGGGCAGCGAGGAUGGCGGCGCCGACGAGGGAGGAGAGGACGGCGUGCUGGGGGGCCCGGGACGAGUUCUGGCAGUGCCUGGACAGCCACGGGGAUGACGCCACCAAGUGCGAGAAGCUGCGCCGGGCCUUCGAGUCGCGCUGCCCGCAGCAGUGGGUUAAACAUUUUGACAAAAGAAGAGACUUCUUAAAAUAUAAAAAAAAGCUUGAAACAGAAGGGUAUAUUCCUCCAGAAGCUGCUGGAAAGUCUUAGGUACUCUGCUUUCAUAAUAAAUCAAGUAACUAUAGAAAGAAGAAGCAAGAGAAAGCAAUAGGAGCUGCCUGAGUGCAAGAACUGGUAACCUGACUGUCUCCCUGAAAUGCAGACUGCUGUUCUUGUUGCCAGGUCUCACAUGUCUGCUGAAAGAUGGUUGUGUACAGCUUAUGGUGCAGGGUUGUUCACAAAUCUAAGGGUUUGAACGUAUAAUUAUUAAAAUUCUUUCACACAAAUAAUUGUUUAAUACUGCAAUGUAUAUAUUCUAAGGAGAAAAUAAAAUUCUUUUUCAGUAA